AUGUUUCAUUUAUUUUCUCUCAUAGUUACCAUUCUUACCCUAGCCUCAACUGUCAUAUCAACCGGCCUACUAGUACCGCUAUACUCCUGGCCCGGUACAGACGCAUGGAACACAAUCUACGACUUAAUCGCAGCCCACCCGUCAAUCCCAUUCUACCUGAUUGUCAACCCAUCUACAGGUCCCGGCGACACAGAAUAUCCCGAAGACGUCUUUAUCACCGCCGUUGCGAAGCUAAACAGCUAUUCUAACGCCAAAGUACUGGGCUACACGCACACAGAACAAGGCACACGAGCCAGCUCCGAAGUCGAAAAGGACAUCACCACCUACGCCAACUGGGCCACUUAUACAGGGAAGAAUAUCCGUCUCUCGGGCAUUUUCUUCGACGAGGCUUCGAACGGCGAAGACACGAGCAAGCUCGCCUAUUUCCAGAAUCUGUCGAGGAAAUCUAAGAGCAGCAGUUUGAACACUGUCGUCUUCAACCCUGGCGUAAAGCUCAAAGCUGAUGUUGCCAAGUGGUUCGAGGCGGCGGACUUCAUUGUCGAGUAUGAGAACACUUAUGCUAAUUGGGUGGCUUUAGCUCCUAAUGAGCACUUCUCGACGCCUGAUCACUAUGGGAAGAAUGCCGUUAUCUUGAAUCAGACGCCCGAGGAUGCAAGCAUUGAUGAUGUUGUGAAUUUGGCGAAGGAUAUGGGCCUCGGUGCUAUUUAUUUGGCUCCGGAUGGUGAUUAUAUGAGUCUCGCUACUGUCCCUAAGGUUGCUGUUGCUGUUGAGCAAAGUCGAAGUGCUAGGCGUAGGGGCCGCGGCCGAUAUUAG